AUGGCCCAAGCCGGCCAGGUGGCGCAGCCGUCGCGGGGCUCCGGGGAUCCGCUGGCUUGGCUGGAAGCCGCGCUGGUGGCCGCCGCCGCCGCGGGACUCCUGCUGGUAGCGGCCCGCCACCUCUGGGCGCUGCGUUGGAGGCUGAGCCGGGACCGGACCAGCGCCCUCCCGUUGCCCAGGGGCUCCAUGGGGUGGCCCUUCUUGGGAGAGACGCUGCACUGGCUGAUCCAGAUCCUGGCCCGCGUCUUCAGCCAUGCCGCCCUGGAGGUCUACCUGCCCCCAAUCCAGCGCCUGGUCAGCUGGGAGCUGCGCGGUUGGCGCCACCACCCGGGACCCAUCGCUGUCUACGCCUCGGCCAAGGCUUUGACUUUCCGCAUCGCUGUGCGGAUCCUGCUGGGCCUCCGGCUGGAAGAGGAACCGUUCGAGGAGCUUUCCAGGGCCUUUGAGCAAUUGGUGGAGAAUCUCUUUAGCCUGCCGCUCAACGUCCCCUUCAGCGGAUUGAGGAAGGGCAUAAAGGCUCGGGAUUUGUUACACACUUAUAUGGAGAAAGCCAUCUUGGAGAAACUGCAGAGAAAAGACCCUGACGCCCAUCGCGAUGCCCUAGAUUUUAUCAUCAACAGCGCCAAAGAACACGGCCAAGAUUUCACUAUGCAGGAAUUGAAGGAAUCUGCAAUUGAACUAAUAUUUGCAGCUUUCUUCACCACUGCCAGCGCCACUACUUCUAUGAUCUUACUCUUAUUGAAACACCCAUUGGUCAUAAAAAAGAUCCAGCUGGAACUGGCCUCCAAUGGACUCACUGGGCAGUGUCAGUGCUUUGGAGCUGAGGAUUUUCUAACAAAAUACCCAUCUGGCCAAAAAACUUCGCCUGCACAUGAGAAGGAAAACAAAGAGGGUGACUCCAACGUGCCUCUUCCACCCAGAUUGGGAAGAGAACAAGGGCGAGAGACCGCAAUGGAAGAGAAAGGACCUAAUAUAAACAUCAUGGCUAAAGGGUUCCAGGAUAUUGUCCAUGGAACUACAAAUGGUCCUAGCUCAUUGUCCAGACUGGAAGAAACAGGCCAGUUCUUUAGCAGUCUGGAAAGAUCUGAGUAUUGUUGCCACCCUUACUUGACCCUGGAGAAGUUGAAUAGUCUGCGCUACUUGGAUUGUGUCAUUAAAGAAGUUCUCCGUUUGCUGCCCCCAGUAUCUGGAGGGUAUAGGACAGCCUUACAAACCUUUGAGCUAGAUGGCUACCAGAUUCCGAAGGGUUGGAGUGUGAUGUAUAGUAUUCGAGAUACACACGAGACUGCCAGCAUCUACCAGAGUCCCCCCGAUACUUUUGAUCCAGAGAGGUUUUGGGUAUCGCUGGAAGAUCAGGAGGAGAACAAAACUUCAGCCUCCCUCCGGUUUCACUACAUUCCCUUUGGUGGCGGAGUCCGCAAUUGCAUAGGCAAAGAACUGGCCAAGGCGAUUCUCAAGAUGCUUGCCGUUGAAUUGGUCAGCACAGCCAGCUGGGAAUUGGCCACAGCUCAUUUCCCCAAAAUGCAGACCGUGCCUAUUGUGCAUCCUGUAGACGACCUUCAAGUCUAUUUCCAUUCUCUGAAGGCUGGCCAUGAAAGCAGCAGUGGAACAGGCAAAGUCAACGCCUGAAUGCAUAGACAUCUCCAUUACGUCUCUAGCUUAGGAAUAGACUAGGACAGGC